GUCGAGCCGAUGAACCGGAAAUACUUUUUUCAGACGUCUGCCCUCCUGAGCAAUGCUGACAUCGCUCUGUGAUACUGAAGCUCCGAGUAGCGUGAUGUGUUCAGGGGGUUAUUUCUGAUUUUAAAAAAACAAAAACAAAACAAAAACAACCUUUUCUUUCUUCGAUCGGACAAACAGGACAUUAUCACCAUGAGCACUAUGUUUGCAGACACCAUUCUUAUCGUGUUCAUCUCUGUUUGCACGGCGCUGCUAGCCGAAGGAAUUACUUGGGUUUUAGUGUAUCGGACUGAAAAGUACAAGAGGCUAAAGGCUGAAGUAGAAAAACAAAGCAAAAAACUUGAGAAGAAAAAGGAAACCAUCACAGAAUCUGCAGGACGUCAACAGAAGAAGAAGAUUGAAAGACAAGAAGAGAAAUUGAAGAACAACAACAGAGACCUUUCUAUGGUGCGCAUGAAGUCCAUGUUUGCCAUUGGCUUCUGCUUUACAGCUUUGAUGGGCAUGUUCAACUCCAUCUUUGAUGGAAGAGUAGUGGCCAAAUUGCCAUUCGUGCCGCUGUCGUACAUCCAGGGACUGUCACAUCGCAACUUGCUGGGCGAGGAUUACACCGACUGCUCCUUUAUCUUCCUUUACAUCCUCUGCACCAUGUCCAUCAGACAGAACAUUCAGAAGAUGCUCGGUCUUGCGCCCUCCAGAGCUGCAACAAAACAGGCUGGAGGAUUCCUGGGACCUCCUCCCCAAGCGGCAAAGUUUUCCUAAUCCUCUGACAGGGUUCAGCGCCGUUCCUGCACUGCGACUGUUUGGAGUCAUGGCUCCCUCGUCUGAGCGCAGGCCGAACUGCUUGUGCUGGAGCAAACGUAUUAUCCGUUGCAGCUACUGUAUCUCUACCUUCUGUUUGACUUCUCAUUCAUUUUUGGUUUAUUUAACUUUAAGAUUGUCUCACUUAGAAAUUAGAGGAACAAAAGUAUACAAAUUUUUACCUCGUAUUCAGCACAUGCUGUGCAUCAUUUUGGGAUUUUAAUUAUUAAUUGGCACAGUACCAUCUGAUCCAUUCAGUAUUAUUGUAUGUAAUUGCUAAUAAAAUUUUAUGAGUACA